UACACCAUACACCGUGAACAUGGACACCAGCAACGUCGUAGGCAAAAGCAACAGCUGACACAUUCGAAACCUUAUAAACGCAACCCAAUCCAAAGGCUCCACAAAAGGUCUCAGCAAACACGUCGACACACAUACACAUCUAUACAAAUGUAUGGAAUACACCAACAACUACAGCGAAGGCACGAAGAACGUUGCAACAAAGCGACUGGCUUGCAACGGCUGUGUGCCACCACCGAAUGUGAGAGAGCAUGCUCAAUAAGAUUUACCUGUCGUCUACCUGCCGACCGAACUGUGGUGAAUUGGUUGUAUGGCAAGGAAAUCAGUAUAAAUACCGCUACCAGGAGACUGUUGAAGGCAUACGCAUACAGGACGUGAACGUGUAGACAAUUACUCACUAGUUAACUGUACAAUACUUCCAGAUUUUUUGAGAACUCGUAAUACAUUCGACGAAAAUCGAAGACAACAUGUCGUCCAGUGAAAUAUAUCGUUACUAUUAUAAAACCUCCGAGGAUUUGCAGGCAUUCAAAUCGAAUGCGAACGAGAUGUUCUUUAAUCCUAUGGCGGCUUACAAUCCGCCACCGCUGGUGAGCGUCAAUCAGCAGCAUCAUCAUCUGCAGGAGCAGCAGCAACAACAGUAUAAUUGCACGCCCAACAACAAUUUCUUGCCUGCCAACGGUUUCAUCACAUUCGAGCAGGCAUCCUCCGACGGCUGGAUUACUUCCUCACCGGCGAGUCAUCGCUCUGAAAGUCCAGAAUAUGUGGAUCUCAAUACUAUUUAUGCUAAUGGUGCGCAUAGCGGCGCACAUCCGUUGCACGCGACUGUAACACAAUUCGGUUUACAUUUGGAAUCGCCAUCAGCGCCGACUACACAAUUAACAGGCUUGACAGAGACCACAUCAGCAACGAAUGAUCCAAAAACGAUUGCGUCCAAAACGCAAAACAGCAGUACUACAACUAAAGCAAAGCGUUCUUAUACGCGCCGCACACCAAAAGCAGCACCAGCUCCAACAACUUCACCUUCAUUGCCGCCAAUCACCAGUGAUGCUAUCAUUUCCAUUGCCACCAAUGCCGCCGCUGCGAUUAGUGCUAAUCCGCACGUAAUCACCAAUACCCCCUACACGCACGACUUCCAAAGUUUCGACUUCGACCAAGCCGCUGCUUUAUUUGAUGGUGACAGCGUCGACGACGAGGAUAUGGACGAUCAUAUGUUGCUCUUCGGCGCCGAUGAUGACUUCGAAGCUGCCGAUGGUUCCUUUGAGCUAGCUGAUCAAUCCGCUGCCAUGCAAACGAAGGAUGAUUCCCCAGCGUCCACACAACCCGGCGCCAAGAAGCGUCGUGGCAAGCAAAUCUCGCCCGUUGUCAAGCGUAAACGUCGUUUGGCCGCCAACGCGCGCGAACGCCGACGUAUGCAGAAUCUGAAUCAGGCUUUCGAUCGGCUGCGUCAAUAUCUGCCGUGUCUUGGUAACGAUCGGCAACUUUCCAAGCAUGAGACGUUGCAGAUGGCUCAAACUUAUAUUGCGGCAUUGGGCGAUUUAUUGCGUUAAGCUAAAAGGAAAGUACUGGUGCGAGUUUUUUUUCAUUGUGAGAUACAAAUGACUGAGUUAGACAAUACAAAUGUAAAUAUGUAGUUGAAGUUUACUUAGUUCUAAGCGUGUAUGUGUUGAUGUAUAUUUAUUUAGAAUUAGUUGGGUUUGAUAAAAAGAAUAUUUGUAAUAUUUAAAAAUAAGAAAGCCAAAUAUUGUGCAUAAGAAACCGGAAGACAACAUUAUGUCUAAGUUAGUUAAAAAUAAAAUAAUU